AUGUUUGGGAUGUGGGAAACCGUUCCGAAGCAGAAAGCUAGCAAGAUCAACAAUAUCACCUGGAAAGUAUCCGUGAAUGUGGGAUUCGGGUAUCUGGUCAGGCUUCAUUUCUCCGAGAUAGGACUAAAAAUGGCCAAGAUUGGUGGAGUCAUUUUUGCAGUUCACAUAAAUGAAAUGAUUGCCGCUACUAGAGCAGACAUGGUUAGAGAAAGGGAUGACGAAAAUGACAUCCGCUGGUAUAGGGACUACAUGGUGGUGACUAAAGGGCACAAAGAAGAAGGUAAACGAGAUGUCGUGAUUUGCCUCCAAUCAAGUGAUGAAUUCAUCGAUGGGCACGGACCCCUUAAAGGAUUUGAAAUAAUGAAGCUGAGCAAUCACGAUAAUAGUCUUGCCAGUCCAAAUCCCGUGCCUUCUUCACAUGAGUCAUCGUAUCGGACUAGACAAAAUCUGCACAAAGUUCUUGGUCACAGAAAUAUGAUUGCAACUUUAGCAAUAACAUUACUUGUCGCAGUAAACAUCAUUCUGUAUAUAUCUCGACAAAUCUGGGAAUCUGGUGGUGUAGAGGAGAAGGAAAACAUGCCAUCAGCCAGGGCUGUACGACUUUGUCGCCGGUUUUCACUAGCUGAGAUACAAUUAGCAACUGGAAAUUUCAGUGAUGCGCAUCUCUUCGGAAGGGGUGGAUUUGGUAAUGUAUACAAAGGCCUCAUUGAUAACGGGGGUGAGACUGUAGGCAUAAAGCGACAAAAACUAGAAUCCAGACAAGGUGCGCACGAGUUUCUGACAGAGAUUGAAACACUAACCGAGCUAAGACACGUCAAUCUAGUCACUCUGGUUGGCUACUGCAAUGAGCAUGGGGAAAUGAUUCUUGUCUAUGAGGAUCAGACAAGCCAUUGUGCUCCAACUUGA